AUGCGGCUAGUUUUUCUGCUGGCCAUUGGGCUGUUUGCCACGUGUCAUGCCGGCUUUUUCGACUCGUUAGUUGCAAGAUUCACAGGCGGAGGAAGUAGUGAGUUUUAUAGAAAAAAAAAUGAGGAUAAAUCCAAGAUUUUCAGAUAAAAUUUCACCGCCAUCUAGUUUUUCCACAUCAUCAGCAAAUACGCGGAAACCGUCGAUCACAGAUGAGAAGGCCAGAGUGAGUGUUUUUCAAACCAAUGUAUCUCAGCGGUCAGUGAAGUUAUCAAAACGUUGUCAACUAAUAAAAUGUACAAAAUUUCUUAAUAAACAAUUUGUUAGUUGACAACUUUUCGAUAUCUCUGCAGGCAAUUGAGAUAUAUCCAGAAUUGUUUGCCAUUCUUAUUUUUUUACCAGCACACAUUUCUCAAUGACCAAAUUCGUGUGUGUGUAAACCUUCAGGGUCAUUUCAUAUCAAAUCUUGGCCGUAGUUCAAUACCAGAAUGAUAUCACAAUCGGUUUUCCUCGGAAAUCAGAAAUACUUCCUUCUUCAUUGAGUCAAAACGGCCUCUAUUAGACCGUAAUAUUUUGGCGCCUGCAUUUGGGCCUCAAUAAAUAAAUAAGGGCCUCAAUGGAUAAAUAAGGGCAUGAAUUUUUGUGCUAAAUAACUUUGUAAUUGACAAUUUUAAACGAAAAUGCCUUGUGACCGUAUUUCUGACCAUAAUUCACACCAACUGCACAAAACAUAGCGGCGUGAAAGUUAGCAGAGAGAACAGAGUUUAAUUUCCGAAAAAAUGAUGUAUUAGCCAAGUUUUGUGCACUAUUUUUAGUCCUUCAACAAGACGAUUUAACGAUUUCAUGAAAUGUUUCGCUUUCAGAAAUACCUGCAAAACUUUGGCUAUGUGCCUCCAGCCAACUCACUCCAAUCGGCGAACGGAAUGGCCGGCGACAUUCAGAGUGCCGAGCAGAUCUUCAAAAGUGCCAUCAGGUAAGAUCUGUCUCAUAUCGCUUACCUCAAAUACUUUUUUUUCAGAAAGUUCCAAGAAUUCGCGGGUCUCGCCAAAACCGGCAUUCUGGAUACGGCGACAAAAGCGAAAAUGGUGCUGGCGCGGUGCGGAGUCACUGACGCUCCUCUGGCAUUGACUUCCGGAUCGAGCAGUCAGUUCAAGUGGCCCAAGAACAAGUUGACCUACUCGAUCGAGAGCUUCUCUUCAGAUUUGCCCAAGGAAGAUGUCAGGUAGGAACUAGUUUUUCUUGAUGACAAACAAGAACUGCUCGGCAAACCUCUGCAACUUUUGCGCAAACUUUGAGCAACUUUACCCAAAUCUCCCAUCGUUUUGCAGACGUGCAAUCGCCGAAGCGUACAGUCAGUGGGCCAAAGUGACGCCGCUCGAGUUUUCAGAGGUGCCCGCCGGCAGCACUUCGGACAUAAAAGUCCGUUUCGGCUCCGGCAACCACAACGAUCCGUGGCCGUUCGACGGAGAGGGCGGAGUGCUCGCGCACGCGACGAUGCCCGAAUCCGGAAUGUUCCAUUUCGACGACGACGAGAACUGGACGUACAAGGACGCGAAAAAGAUUGCGAGCAACGAGUACACGGACCUGUUGGCGGUGGCGAUCCACGAGGGAGGGCACACUUUGGGCCUCGAGCACUCGCGCGACGAGAAGGCCAUCAUGGCGCCGUUCUACCAGAAGACCACCGAUGCCAACGGGAAUUAUGUGUAUCCGAACCUGAAGUCGGACGAUAUUCAGGCGAUUCAGUCGAUUUAUGGAGCUGGAAGUGGACGAUCCAGCGGCGGUUCGGACUUUGGAAGUUCUGGAUCGGAUUUUGGUGGAUCUAGUGGAUCUAGGACCACCACGUACCGACCAACUACGACGACGAGAAGUUGGUUCGGAAGAUUCUUCGGAAACACGGACGACGAUGACUUUAGAAGCGCCACGACGACAACGAGAAGGACCACUCUCUGGCCGACCACUCAGUCUCCGUUCUCCGGCGACACUUGGGGAUCCGGAUCCAGUGGAUCAUCGUCAGGUGGAACCGGAAGAUGUCCCUCUUCGAUCGACGCCUACACGCCCAGCGAUUCGUUCUCCUACGCGUUCUCGGGCUCGCAAGUCUACACGAUCAGCGGCACGAAAGUGACAAAGGUGCAGCCGAUCCAGGACCUGUUCCCUUCUGCGCCGAGGCCAGUCAGCGGCGCGCUCUUCAACACAGUCUCCGGCUCCCUGCUGCUUUUCUCGUCGAACAAGGUGAGCGCGGGUCAAUCUGAAAAUCUGAAAAUCCCAAAAAUGGCUUCCAGGUGUACAGCUACUACUACUCUCGCAUCCGCGCAAUCUACCAAAUGGACAGCGGCUUUCCCAAAUCCCUUCCCUCCGAUCUCGGAUUUUCAGUCUCCGGCGCACUUCGAUGGAUCAACGGACAUCAGAUUUUGUUGAGCGUACGUCGUUUACAUUUAAACUUUGCCAUUCACCAGACGGAUGAUAUUUUCAGAGCAGUGACGAGUUUGCCGUUUAUGACGAGUUCUGGAAUCAAGUGACACUCAAAAAUCGCAUUUCCUCAUACUUCCCCAACUUGCCGAAAGGUGUCAAGGGAUUGGAAUCUCGUAAGUUUUAACGUUGAGAUCUGGUUUUUGGGGUUCCAUAGUGCAUAACUGUACUGUUUAGAAACUGGGUCAUAACUCAAGAACCAAGCAUGUUGCAGUAAAACUUUCAAUUACAAAGUUAUUUAGCACAAAAUUUGCAACAACUUUCUAGUUGACAACUUUUUGAAAUAAUCAUUUGUUAUCGAGAUAUAGGUCCCCAAAGUAUGAGUAACUGUGAAGUCUCCAUAUAUCUUUCACCUGUGACUGAUGUUUGAUCUCAAAAGAGCAAAAUUGUUUGGAAAUGACAUAAGUCUCUGAAAAGUUCAUCGAAACUACAAAAACGCUCCCCCCGAAAGUGCCUGAGGAAGUGUAGAACAUUCAAAUUUCGCCCCAGCAAACAUGACGCUAAAACUUGCUUUUGAUAACAAUUUCCAACCGAAAUGUUCGAUUUCAGCGGCCGGAAGUGUGGUGACGGCGUUCACAUCAAACCAGGUAUUCGAGUACAACUCGCGCACGAAAUCAAUCGGCCGCCAGUCCGGAUUUUCGAGUUACAUCGCCUGCUGACUCAAGAUUAUAGCCCUCUUUUGACAUUUUCUCCAUUUUUUCCCCCAAAAUCGCAUUUCCAAGUGAUCUAUCCUACUAAUAAUAAACUUUGCUCAAUUUUGAACAAGGCAAAACGAGAAAAAAGUCGAGUCAUGAUGAAUAAGUGAUGCUUUUUUCGCUUCCAAAUGUGCAUUUGAUCUUGUUAGAAUGUUUCCAUGGCACGUCUUCUUCGUUUUUCGGCUAAUCCGUUUGACGUAAACAGAAAUGAGCCGAAAUGAGCAGAAAUGCAAUGUAAAUAACACAUUUUGCACUUGUGCGUCGACGGUAUAAUCCAUUCGGUUUUUUAGGUGUUUGACCCGUUACACCUGUGAAAUCAUUCGGAACAGUUGACUAAUCCGCAUGUGAUUCCUGUGUGAAAAUGCAGACAAUUUCAAUUGCACUCGCAUUUCUAGUGCUUCCCUAGUGCUCUAAAACACAAGAGACGUCUGUCUGUCUGUCCGCUGAAUGAAAGACGGAGCGGACAAAACCGAGCGGCCACAGGUGAAUCGCUGAUGACGCAUUAUGGGUCCACCGUGGCGCAUGCCCCAUUGUGGACGCAUCUACAAUUCCUAUGACUUCCACGCGCGAUCCGUGUCCGUAUUGGUGACAUUCUCACCGCAUAAGGCCGAUUUUUAGUUUUAUCGAUGUAGUUUGGACAGUUUUCAAGGUAUCAUCGCGAAAAUCACCAAAUAUACGUAACUUUGUGCUCUGAAUCCGAUUUUGAAGUCGCCGGGUCAGAAAUAUUUUCGAGCGCCACGUUGCAGCGACUAAUGGGGUGGCCCUAUAAACUUGCAACGCACUAUAGAGUGCUUCCCUAGUGCUCUAAAACACAAGCGGCGUCUGUCUGUCUGAGGCGUGACUCAAUUUAGUCACCCCUCGGGCACAAAGCGUAAGUGUGAGUUUUAUUUGGCGGCAAAAGUAACUUUUCAUGUGAUAUUGCUAAUAUCUGCCUAUUGUACUGCCUCCAAACUCUCUGGCUAACUGUUUUGUCGGGUUCCUCCGCCCAUCCCCAAUCUCUUCUAUUUGCUCACCGUCCUGAAUCACUAAGAAAGUGUUCCAAAGGUUGUGGGGUCGUCCACACAAACAAAUAUUGUCGACAUCUUCACAGAUGACUCAUCCGACCAACACACGGCUUUCACAUUUCAAUUACGCUUCUCGCCGCUUUUGUGUUUCUAUGCUCCUCUUCUUUUUUUUGGUUUCCCACUCGAUUUUGGGCCAUUUCUCGAAAGAUGAAUUCGUUUUUUUUGCCAAAAAAGUCAAAGAUCCAAUUAAUUGAAAACGCGAAAACCAAUUGUAGGUCAUAAAACGAAAUUGGAUUCGAAAUUGGAGUUCAACAAGCGUUUUCCCCUCGUCGCUCCGAAUUUACAUUAUAAAAUCGACAGACUGCACAUCAACAAAACAUUGACAGGUAUGUAAAACCGACACCUUUUUUCACCUGCCCCACGCCAUUUUGAGUACUCUUUAUCAUCGUUCUCUCUCUCUCUCUCUCUCUCUCUCUCUCUCUUUUCCAAAUUCAUUAUCAUGCAUUCGCAUUUCCACGUUUCCCUUAUCAAAACGCAAACAGAGUCCGCCCUCCCCCUAUGCCCAUUUCACAAUUUGUCUAUUCGGACGUAUUGAAUAGAAGAGGAGAACGAUGAAAUGGCCAUAUUGGAUUCAAUUCAAUCAUACACCUUUUCCUUUUCACCUCUUUUUUCGCAUCAUUUUUAGUGCGUCCAGCUUAUUCCAAACAAGCGUGGCCUAGAAAAAGCCUAGUCCAUACAGGACUGGAUGGGAUAGUUUUAGCAUUUAGUUCAAGUUCCAUACAAGAAUUAUAAGAAUCCAUAGAUCUAGAUCCUCCUGACCCAUUUCCUGGUAUCUCUGUACUAUUUUAAUCAUUUCUUGGGACUGCUGUAAUGUCAUAAACCCUCCGAACCCUAUUUCUAUUUUGACAUGACCCCCUGCCAGCCCAUCUCCAACUCUUUCUCGUCGGUUGGUACAUUCUCGCAUCCCCCCGACAAUGACUCCUUCGUCUAUUUCAGCCGGACCAUAUGUGUGAUGUUCAACAAACACCUGACGACAGUAUGCCUCAGUCUUCUGUUCCUCGUCUCACUCUUCUUUGUGAUCUCGCGGACGAGUUGUGGCGGAGACGGAAGGCAGUUUCAGAACGGAAUGUGUGAGUUUUCAAUUAAUUUAUUAAUUCGUUUAUUCAUCGCAAAAAAGAAAACCGGUAAAAGAAGGGAACAUCAGAAGGAGGUAUGGCUGUAAGUUGAACUUAUAGGCCCGUAGAACGAAAAUUGUGCUCUUGACAACUUCUCAUUAGUUCACAUUUUGCCAAAAAACGAGUGCUGAACUUUCUGGAGCCCAAGUUUGAAACCAAUUGGUUCAUUACUCUAUUUCAUGAGGAAAACGGUAGCUGCGUCAAAUUUGAAUUAAUUUCCGUCCCAUCUAGUAUUAUCCAUCUAGUAUGAUUCGAAUAGUUUCCAGCGUUCGUCCAACUCCCAUUUCAACAAGAAACGACGCAGAAACCGGAUAUUGUUGGACCAACGCGAGACGAUUUCGACGAUGUCCCACUGGUCGAAUCGUUGACUCCGAAGUCGCCAUCAAAAGAGGAAGUGGCCGAUCAGACGGACGAUGAAGUGAUCGGAGGAGAGUCCGCGAUGAGCUACUUCAAGAAGUUGGCCACCAAAACACGGGAUUACAUGAGUGGUAGGGUCAGUUUCCCGAGAAUUUAUUGAAAGAAGCGUAUUCAAAAAGAACGUUUCAGAUGCAUUCUGGCGAGAAGAUCAAGAUUCUCUCGGCCUACGCCUACAAAGAUCACUUUUCGGCGGUCAUAGCGACUCCUAAAAAGAUUGGGUAGGCGUAACCAAAUGAAUGUUUUGAUUGACAUCAAACACUUUCAGCAACACAGUAUUCUGCCGAUACCUCGGUCCCGACGGGCAAGAAGUGGCCGAUCCGGUCGAGUCUACCGUAUACCCGUUCUUUGUGGUUUACUGUAGUCGACGCAGCAACACCACUUGGCUCGGAAUCACAAACGACAAGUCGGAGGAGGUGAACGAAGAGAACUCGGCCAACUUGUUGAGGAGAAAGUUCAAAGGUACCGAAACCGGCCGAUUUCCUUCAACUUUUUCCGCUUCCAGAAUACCAGCACAACGUGUCGUUUUGUCUGGCGCCGGUGUACGGAAAAGAGCCGAAAUGGCUGCAUUUCGUGGAGCUCGUCGAGCACUAUAAACUCCAGGGCAUCACGCAUUUCUUCAUCUACAUCCGCGAAAUUGGCGACUACGACAAGAAGAUCAUCGCAAGCUACGUGGCGUCGGGAGAGGUGGAGGUCAUUGAAGUUCCCGGCACGGUCAACGAUGUGAUUGCGCAGCAGUUGAUGGGCGUGGCCGUGAGUUUCUGAGGGACGAAAACUGACAAUCAUUGUGUUUCCGUUAGGAUUGUCUGCUCAGAAGUCGUACCUUCUCGAAAUGGUCCAUUUUUGCGGACAUUGACGAGAGGCUCAUAAUGACCGACGAUCGAAUGACUAUUGACGGAUUCUUCAGGUGAGGUCUCAGUGAGCUUUGAAAAUUCCUUCGUGAGUUCUGCUCAACGGCUCACAAGAGAGACAUUCUUUUUGGAAUUUCAAAUUCAUCCAUAAUUUGUCUUGUAAAUUUCUGGAAUAUGUUCCUCUAGACACUUUUUGUUUGCCAAACACGCAGCUCAAACCCCAACUCUCGUGUAUUCAUGGUUGUGGCCGUGGCCUAGAAAACAUAGAUGCGAAAACUCUUCCCCGCUAGACAUUUGAAGCCCUUGGCUCUUGAUUUUGAUUUGUGUUUUUCUAGACCACGGCCACAACUUUGAUUGCGCGCUGUUCGGUCAAAAGUCAUAUCCAAGAGCUGCGAAAGACAUCACAAAAACGAAGAGUAACCUUUCAGAAACCUCUCUGACGAGUCGAUCGGUUCGGUGGCGUUCCCGCAGAGAUGGAUCAUGAAACGAGAGCACAUUCCGGAGCAGUUCACGAACGACGCACAGAUUGUGGAGAAGAUGCCGACGAGAGCGUGGCACGAGACGACGAGCGCCGCGCUCAAAGGGCAUCCCGUCUGCCACGAACAAGUCAGCUGCUGGGCGAAGAACGUCGUGCACAACGAAAAGGUAACCGAACUUUUUACCCCCCGUCGCUACUCAAUUUGCAUUCUCAGGCGGUCCGAAUGUUGGUGCACGAGGUGACGGACUUUUAUCCGGGAUUUCAGGAACUCUUUCUGGACCCCUCAAUCGGUUAUAUCCGGUAAUUCACCUUUUUUCUCAUAUUUUUGAGCUCAAAAAGUGUUUCAGACACUACCGUGACGUGGAAAUGCAAUCAUGGGAGCAGAACAACGUGGCGAACCUCAAAAAGUUCGGACCCUUCUCGAACACCUCAUAUCCGGCGUCAAUAGGCUCGAAACUGUUGAAAAAUGUGUUGGAUCGAGUGCAUCGGGUCUACAAUUAA